AUCUCUAAAAAAUUACGAACCAUCACCUGCUAUUGGCCAGGCUAAAAGCCAAACAUCAACUUGUCCUUCAAUUGCAUUCAUUUGUCCCGUUCCAAGUUCCGUUAAAUUGGCAAAAUCAUUUUCAACUAAUCAGUCAGUUCUGCGCUCUCACCAAAACAGCAGCCCAUCCAUCACUAACCCUCCCUCACAAGUCACACACCAUGCAAAUCACCAUCACUACCACCUCGCCAUGGUCAGAAAGAGGAGGAAGAAUCGGAGCCCCGCUGCGCUUCUCGCUGGCUUGCUGCAGCUUGAAGCGACCCUGGCUGUUAGCCUGUUCCACCUCGGCAGCUCACCUCCCCGUUUGGUGCCCUGUAACUGUAUCCGACUUACCCCCACCACCUCUCUUACAGCACACUCUUCUCGUGCCCCUGCCCCCAACCACCUCGCUAUAAGUGGCCGCGUCAUGGGCCUCCCUCGACACUGCCACACUGAUCGAUCGACCCACCUGCACUUCGUUGCGUGGCAAGCCAGUCACGGGCUCACGGCUCGCAAAGAGUAGCGAUCACCAUGCAGGCCAUGCGGAGACUCGUGCGCGUCCUCGUGGUGCUCGCCGUGGUCGCGACGGCGGCGGCGCAGCAGGCCCCGACGGCGGCGCCGGCCACGCCGACGCCGGCGACCCCCGCGGCACCGGCCACGCCGACGCCGGCGACCCCCGCGGCGCCGGCGCCCGCGGCCGGGUCGAGCAACAUCACGGGCGUGCUGGCCAAGGGCGGGCAGUUCAACACCUUCAUCCGGCUGCUCAAGUCCACGGGCGUGGCGUCGCAGAUCGACAACCAGCUCGCCAACAACGGCAACGGGCUGACGGUGUUCGCGCCCACGGACAACGCCUUCACGUCGCUGCCCUCCGGCACGCUCAACUCGCUCUCCGACCAGGACAAGAACGCGCUCGUCCAGUACCACGUCGUCUCCACCGCCAUCCCCCAGUCGCAGUUCGACACCGUCAGCAACCCGCUCCGGACGCAGGCCGGCAGCAGCUCGCCGGGGGAGUACCCGCUCAACAUCACCUCCGUGGGCGGCCAGCAGGUGAACAUCUCCACGGGGGUCGUCAACGCCACCGUCGACAACACCCUUUACGCCGGCGACAACCUCGUCGUCUACCAGGUCAACAAGGUGCUGCUGCCGGCAAAGCUAUUCGGCACGACCGAGGCCCCCGCGCCCGCGCCGCUCGCGCCGGCCAAGAAGAAGGGAAAGACGCCGGCGUCCGUCGCGGACUCGCCCGAGGCCGCCGAGGCGUCCCCGGACGCCACCACGUCGCUCGCCGCGGCAAGGGUGACGGGAGGUCGCCUCGCGGCGGCUCUUGCGCUGGCCGCCGUGUGGUGGGGGCUGUAGUGAGUAGUGACGGCGAUGAGAGUGUGAGGUCUGCGUGACGUCAUCCGUGCCAUCUUUUUGUAUCCUUUUUUUUCGCAGAUCUCGUUGGUCUUUUCGUUUUUUUUCUUUGGCCAUUUUUGGAUGAAAUUGUUCUUCCUUGCCAUUACAAUUGCUAGGAGUAUUGCCAUGUAAUGUAUUGUUGUCGUCCCAAUUUUUAUGUAAUUCUGCUAAAUAAAUAUGAGUUGUGUAUAUUUCAGUA